AUGAACAAAGUAAAGUCCAAGUUUGGCCGCGCUGGACGAACCUCAACUAGUGACGCACGCAACAACCAGAUGAAUCGUGGUUCCAACUAUGGCGCCAAUGGCGAUGCCGACGAGAACACGCCUCUGGUCAACGAGAGCACAUCGCGUCUGGGCAACAUGAAGAGCUUGCGCACGCGCGUGGCAUCGUACCGCGAAGACGACAGAGCCUGGGUCAGCUAUCCCAUGAGCUUCCUCUACAUCACCUGGGCCGUCCUCGCCAGCAACUACGUCAACGUCCUGCUCGUCUUUGUCCCUGUCGGAAUUGCCCUUGGAGCCUUGGGCAUGAACCCCACCGCUGUAUUUGUUGUCAACUUCCUGGCCAUUGUUCCUCUUGCUGCUCUCCUGAGUUUCGCUACCGAGGAGCUCAGUGUGAAGCUGGGUCAGACAAUUGGUGGUCUCAUGAAUGCGACUUUCGGUAACGCUGUCGAGUUGAUUGCCAGUAUGCUCGGCAGUAUCCUCUCCAAUAUCCUCUUGGUUUUGGGCUGCUGUUUCCUUUGCGGCGGCUGGAGACACCAGGAGCAAUCCUUCAACUCGACUGUUGCCUCGACCAUGUCCUCCCUGAUGGCUGUCGCUUCCGCGUCCCUCAUCAUUCCCGCCACUCUCUACGCCGCUCUCGCCAAUUCCAAGGAGAGCAACCACGCUACUGACGAUAACAUCCUCAUCUUAUCUCACGGAACCGCCAUCAUCAUGCUCAUUCUUUACUGCCUCUAUCUUUUCUUCCAGCUCAAGACUCACGCCAACCUGUUUGACGAGGAACAGCAAGAUGGAGAGGAGGACAAGGAGCCCGAGGUCUUGAAGCCUAUCCCUGCGGCCGUCGCACUUGUCCUUAUCACGAUUGCUGUUGCCGUCUGUGCCGAAUACCUGGUCGACUCAAUCGAUGCCAUUGUUGAAGAGGCGCAUAUCUCGAAGACUUUCAUUGGUCUGAUUCUUCUGCCGAUUGUCGGAAAUGCAGCAGAACACGUCACGGCGUGUGUUGUCGCAUACAAGAAUAAGAUGGACCUUGCGAUUGGUGUUGCGAUUGGAUCUUCGCUCCAGAUUGCUCUGUUCGUUACUCCUUUCCUUGUCCUUCUCGGAUGGGCCAUGGGACAGCCCAUGACUCUUCACUUCCAGAUGUUCGAGACUGUCGUCUUCUUUGUCAGUGUUCUCGUGGUUAACUACCUGAUUGCGGAUGGAAAGAGCAACUACCUCGAAGGAGCUAUGUGCAUUGGUACGUACAUCAUCAUCGCGCUGGCCAUGUGGGUGUACCCCGACAAUGCUGGCGACCCGAUCUCGAAGCCUAAGCUCUUCUAA